AUGCCCAAAGUCACGUCCAGCUGCGAGUUGAUGGACAAUGCGUUCCCCGCAGGCGAAGUCAAACUCAAAGGCGACUUUUUCGUCGCCCAAGAUGAAGCAGGCGAGAACAUGAUAUUCUCGAUCGACGAUGACGGCGCGCUUCAAUUGAUUCUCAGAGAUGAAAUGGGAGAUAACGACAUUGUUCAUCUAAGCUCCAAGUUCGGAGUGGCCGCCACUCAAGUUGUCACCGCUUUGGCCGUAAACCAAGACAUAGACGGCACUAUCCAUCUUGUCUUCGCCGCCAACCAGAAAGAUGGCUCUAGCAAGCUAUAUGUUGUUGAGCCCAUGGCAGCGAAGAGGCAGGACUGGAACACGACUGAAAGCCUGACCGGUCGAUUGUACUCGGGCGAGCAGUGGGCUAUAAACAUUCGAGAAUUCCUCAUUGGAUCAAGCAAUGACAAGAAGAACUCAUACCCGUGCUUCUAUAUGACGUUUAAUCACAUCGAUAAGACAACUGGAGAUGUAUGGGCAGUGUGCGUCGACCCCGCUACUCGUCAAUGGUCUCGACAAAAGACAUUCGAGCUGCCAACCAACGCAAUCAAAGUCCUUGACAAAUGCCCUGCCAACAUACCCCUUCAUCGCGGACUCUUCGUUCUAUACGAGGAAAGCGACUCACUGCAGCUCAAGUUUGUUGGAUUCAACCCAAUCAAAGAAAAUCCCACACUGCGAAGCUUUCCCCAGCCAGUACCCAAGGGCGCUACGGCGUUGGCCUCUUUCGAGAGCCACUCAGGCUUCACAGAUCUUCUGGUCUCUGGCGCCGAUGGUUUAAGCUACAGAACUGCACAGCAGGUAUUCCAAGUCGACAAGACUCCCUUCACGAUUCUCAGCUCUGACCCCGCGUUUCAUAAUGCUACACAAAUGCAGGUUGCUCAGACAAAAGAUCAUCUGUCGAUCUGGACUUUAAGCCCCGAGAAGGCUUUGUCAUAUCAAGAGUUCUCAGUACCAGAAAAGGGGCAGCUACCUACUGAAGUUUCACCUGCCAUACCACUUUUGGACAAGGUGGGAAAAGAUGGUAGAUUUGCUUGUUUGAGGAACCCGAAGCUGGGACAAAGACUUUUCUUUGUUGAUGACACUGGCUCUAUCAGGGUGUUUGAGCAGAGUAUUGAGAGUGGAUUGUGGCAGCAACCCACGGAAGUCUCUAUUCCCCAUUCUGACAAGAUGAUUGAGUUCUCUUCGCAUACUAUCCUUGUCACUGUCGAAGAGAAUGACGGCACACCGAUGACUCUAGAGCCCUUACUUCUGUCCAGCUCGAUUUCGGUGGAGUGUCUCGUCAAUGGUGUCUGGAUUCGUACGUCGCCCACGGACAAAAAAGAAGUAUCUACUGAUGCAUCGGGUCAACUGACCGUCAUCAUCCGAAGCGAAGGUCUUAGUACACCAGUUAUAACCCUAACUAGUGGAACUCCAGGCAAGAAGAUCUUCUCAGGCGGUAGGCUAGAGAUUGACCCUAUGCAGAAGCUCUGGUCUACCAUCGGAAAGAUCUCAUCGGCUCAGGACCUCAGGAACAUGAAGCUCCCUGAUGGAUCCAGCUUUGUGCGAGAAGGCCUUUCUGAGAAAGAACUUGAAGAGGCUGCAAAGACGCUUUUACAUUUACACAAGGUGAAAAGCGAGAUGGCUGAUGAUGAGGCAAACGGCAUCUUCACUUUGAUGAGGCAAGGCUUUCAAACUAUCGCGCAUCGUGCUUGGGGAGCUAUCAAGAGCAUCAGUGAUAAGAUCAAAGAAGUCGUGGAAAGCGGCGUCAACAAGGUGAUGGAGGUAGUCGACAUUGCUGUAAAGAAAGUCAAAGAAGCCUGGAACUUUGUCGUCGAGGUGAAGGAUAAGGUAUGGAACUUUGUCCUCGAAACCGCAUCUCAGGUCGCAGCAGCUAUGCAAACCGUCCUGGACACCGUUGUGAAAGGUUGGGAAUAUAUCAAGGAAAAGCUUGGGUUCAUCUUUAACUGGGGCGAUAUCGUCAAGACCAAGAACAUGAUCGCCAACAUGACGACUCAGGGUAUACUGCUUCUGGCAGAUGGUACACCCUACAUUGAGAUCAAGGCUCAUGCUUUCUUCGACAAGAUGCGGGCCAAGAUCAAAGAGCUCAAGGACAGCAAGCUACCCCCUGGCUUCAACGAUCUCAAAGCUGGUAAGAAUGAGGAGAUGCGGAAGAAAGCAAGGGAAAAGGAUGGUGCCAAGGACGAGAUCAACAAGGCGGACAAGGAUACCAAAACGCCACAAGCGCAGUAUGGCUCCUAUCAUUUAAAGCACAGUCGAGGCAACGAAGCAAAGAAGAGCACGCCUUUCGAUCGUAUUCUUGACAGGCUCAGCGAUGUCAUGGAAGAAGCAGGACAGCUCGCUUCUCGGCUAUGGGACAACAUCAAGGAUCUCAUCGACCUUCAUGGCGAAGUAUCCAUCGGCACUCUUUUGACGAAGCUAGGCUUUGAACUUCUAGAGGAUAUCCUUGAUGUGGUGGAGAGCAUGCUGAUGGCAUUUCUGGGGAACGUCAGCGACUUGCUCGUGUUGAUUGCUGACAAGAUCAAUGAGACCAUCAAGAUCCCAGUUCUGAGCGCUUUGUACAGGAAAGUCAGUGGAGGGGCUGAGCUUACACUUCUCGAUGCGAUCAGCCUGGUCAUCGCAAUCCCAGCUACUAUUGUGUUCAAGGUUGUGAAUGGGGAGAGUCCAUCUAAGAUGGAGGGCGCGGAAUGGCUUACCAAGCCUAAUGCUCUGCGUGGGAAACUUCGUGCACGGAUGGCUGGUCUCAUCAGUGAUUCUAUCGAGGCUUCAUAUGCGCCUGUCAUUACCAAGAGAGCCGUGGCCAUUCCUAUCAACCAGGACAACGACACAAGCUCCGCUGAGAAGCUCGUCAAUAGGAACUCCGACUUGGGUCCUGUUGUUGGAGCGCUACAAGCCCAAACCUUUUCGAUCGCACCGUCAGAUCACGAGAGCGACGAGGAAGACAGACGAAAAAACCAGAUGGAGAAGGGCUACAGGGAAUACCGCGAGACAGCUCACCCCAUCAUACGUCUGUUGCAAUCAGAACUGCCCUCCACUUCAAUUCUCGACUACACAUUCAUUAUAUGGCCGACCCUGUUAGAUCCAGUGUCAAGCCGUUCAAGCCGUAACUUCUUGUCAUCCUUAGCGUCACUGCUCAGAUGGAUCUGUUCCGUAGAUCGCUUCGUGACAUUUCAAAACAAAAACAUCUUAUCAGCAGAUACAGACACACCCGGCUUCCUUCCCAAAUUCGCUCUCUGGAUCGCCAGUGGUAUUCCAAUUCUCGGCUCGUUUAUCCACAAGAAGCUCGGCCACUGUCUUGGUGUCAUCUCUGGGUGUGUCCAGGUACUCCUGCUUUAUUAUGAGCAGUGGGAAGUGUACAUGCACUAUAACGAGUACUCGCUUUAUCUAGCUCUCGAGGAAUGGCUGAUCACCGUCGCGAAACUUGUUCAUUACAGUGCAGGGUGGAGUCAGAAUCGAGCUACUGCCAAGGUGGCACUGGUGUUGUGUGAUGCUGGGAUGGCAAUGGCGAUGGCGAGAUCAAUUGCUGAAGGGAUGGGGAAAACGAAGCGCCUUUAUUCUGGGGUAAACCCUUGUCCGUGA